CCUUUCCCUGUGUCAGUACAGGGAUCAUUUUUUUCCUUCCUCUACUCCCUCCCUCUGCCUGCCCCUCCCUCCCUGUCUCCCUUCCCUCCCUCCCUCCCUUCUCGACUGGGUCGGUCCGCUGGGGUGCCGGAUCCCCUCACGGCUGGGACGCGCCGAACUCGCAGCAGGAGUCGGCUUUCGGGAGCCUGGUCCCUCCCUUCCCCUUCCCUGCCCCCUUCCCCCACCCCCGACGCGGGCUCCGCGCGGCGGCCGGAGGAACCCCGAGCAGCCACCCCAAGCCCCUGAGCUGGAGGGAUGGAGAACUCUUCAGCAGCAUCGGCCUCCUCCGAGGCGGGAAGCAGCCGCUCCCAGGAGAUCGAGGAACUGGAGCGCUUCAUUGACAGCUAUGUGCUGGAGUACCAGGUGCAAGGGCUGCUGACGGACAAGCCAGAAGGUGAUGUCGAGAGCCAGAGGACUCAGUCCCACGUCUCCCAGUGGACUGCGGACUGCAGAGAACAGCUGGAUGGCAGCUGUUCCUUCUCCAGAGGGCGAGCCCCGCCACAGCAGAAUGGCAGCAAAGACAGCUCCCUAGACGUGCUGGGCACAGAUAUCUGGGCCGCCAACACCUUUGACUCCUUCAGCGGUGCCACCUGGGACCUGCAGCCUGAAAAGCUGGACUUCACCCAGUUCCAUCGGAAGGUCCGCCACACACCCAAGCAGCCCAUGCCACACAUCGACAGAGAGGGGUGUGGAAAAGGGAAGCUGGAAGACGGGGAUGGCAUCAACCUGAAUGACAUUGAGAAGGUCCUCCCAACCUGGCAGGGCUACCACCCGAUGCCCCAUGAAGUGGAGAUCGCACACACCAAGAAGUUAUUCCGGAGGAGGAGAAACGACCGAAGACGGCAGCAGAGACCUCCAGGAGGGAAUAAGCCCCAGCAGCAUGGUGACCAUCAACCGGGCAGUGCCAAACACAACAGGGACCACCAGAAAUCCUACCAGGGGGGCUCAGGGCCCCACCCCUCAGGGAGGCCCACACACCAUGGCUACAGCCAGAACAGACGCUGGCACCAUGGUAACAUGAAGCACCCACCAGGAGACAAGGGAGAAGCAGGCAGCCACCGUAACACCAAAGAGACUGCGAGCAUUGAGAACCCCAAACUUGAAGAUAGCCCAGGGGACCCCGGACACAGUGGCCUCGAGCCCACCUGCAGCCCUGACCCUCUGGCCCCAGCAGCUUCUGAGAGGCCAACCCCACAGCCGCCAGGGGGGCCAGAGACUGAGACCAAACAUAAAGACAGUGUUCUUCCUGAGCGCCACGGGGAGCGGCCCAAAAUCACCCUGCUCCAGUCUUCCAAAGACAGGCUGAGGCGAAGACUGAAAGAAAAGGUACCGGAGGAAGUAACAAUAGAGACAAGCAGUCCUCAGCCAAACAAGAUGGACAAGUUGAUGGAGAUCCUGAACAGCAUGAGGAACAAGAGCAGCGAUGUGGACGCCAAGCUCACCUCCUUCAUGGAGGAGGCCCAGAACUCCACAAACUCCGAGGAGAUGCUGGGAGAGAUCGUGCGGACCAUCUACCAGAAGGCGGUGUCAGACCGCAGCUUUGCCUUCACGGCCGCCAAGCUCUGCGACAAGAUGGCACUCUUCAUGGUCGAGGGGACCAAGUUCCGGAGCUUGCUCCUCAACAUGCUCCAGAAGGACUUCACUGUGCGUGAGGAGCUGCAGCAACAGGAUGUGGAGCGCUGGCUGGGCUUCAUCACCUUCCUGUGCGAGGUGUUCGGCACCAUGCGGAGCAGCACUGGAGAGCCCUUCCGAGUGCUGGUGUGCCCCAUCUACACGUGCCUCAGAGAGCUCUUGCAGUCUCAGGAUGUGAAGGAAGACGCUGUCCUCUGCUGCUCCAUGGAGCUACAAAGCACAGGCCGGCUUCUGGAGGAGCAGCUGCCUGAGAUGAUGACGGAGCUCCUAGCCAGCGCUCGAGAUAAGAUGCUGUGCCCCUCAGAGUCCAUGUUAACCCGGUCCCUGCUCCUGGAGGUCAUCGAGCUCCACGCCAACAGCUGGAACCCUCUGACACCCCCCAUCACGCAGUACUACAACAGGACCAUCCAGAAACUGACAGCCUGACAGUCAGAGGGGCCUGGCGGGCAGCCCACGGGCAGCUGGGGCCCUGGCGCACAGGGCCAGAUGGACAGGCGAAAGGACAGGGGUGGCCCUGGCGGGAAAAAGAAAUGAGCAGGGGGGCAGGCAACAGCAGUGGCCAGUCUGGAACCAGCGGAGGAGGGGAUCGCGUCCCUCAGAAGAGCUCCCCCACGCAGCUCCCCAGCCUGCGCAUGUGUGUCUCUUUGUCCUGCUGGUCACCCGCCCUUGCUCUCCUCAGCUGUAGUCCUCCCCGCCCCCCUCCCCUGCCUCCCGCCCCCUCCCCCACAGAGUCUUAUGGGAGGAAUCUCUGCCACUCCUCAGUGUCUCCAGCUGCCUCUCAGCCUCCCACACCUCUGGCCACCGCUUGGGUCAGCCAGCACUGCUGAAGGCUGAAAAGUGGGUCGAGACGGCUGCUCAUUGUUCCCACGUGCUGUCAGCCGCAGUCGCCAACUGGCAGCAGGCAACGUGUAGCAGAUGUCUGGGAGGACAAAGGCAGGCACGGUCCCCACCAGCCGCCCAUAAUUGACAGCCUUUGUCAGCCCCAGUGGAGCUGGGACGAGGCUUCCCCACGGCCCCCCCCCCCACUCUCACCUUCGAGCUUCACCCUCCUAACUGAAUUCAGCUCCUCCUCCCUUCAGCCUCCAGCCCCAGGGCCGGCUGCUCCCUCAGGCAGAGAAGGGAGCUGGGACUCACAGCUCCGCUUGCACCCUUUUAUUUUGUUAUUUCAAAAGUCAAUGCUUCGAGGUCUCUCUUCUCAGUAAAAAUGCCCUCAAUGUGAUCGCCCCAUCGCCCCCUCACAGACCCCCUGAUUAGUGGGGGAUCAAACCCUGCCCCCUGUGGAAACAAUCUAGCCACAAACAGCUUGCCAGUAGCCAGCUAGUAAUUGGAAACUUCUGCCCCAAUGGGGGUCUCCACUGGAAUCCUGUGUUCCUGGGCCCCUGUCCUGCAGUGCCUCUGUUCUUGUCCACUGCUAGCUUCCAAAGGGCUGAUACUGUCCCCUGGACUGCCUUAGGACCCGCCCUGGCCCCUGUUAUGGUGAGCAGGGCCAGAAAUGAAGCUGGCAAAUUAAAACCAAAUGCAAGUCUUGUUCCAAGCAACUGCUGGCGGAAGAGCCCACUGCUGGCUUCGUGGGUCUUGGAGCCUCAUUCAUGGACUGUGUCCUCGCCCUCACCUCAUCCCAGGCAAGACCUACAGCAGCCUCCUUGGGUCUUGACUGGGGCCAUUUGGUAGGUGACCAGGCAGGCUAGAAACAAAGCUAGGAUUUCUUGAACGGCUUUGGUCCCUGGGAGCAACUGCUUCUGUAACUAGAGAGGAGGAUGUGGCUAAGUCCAAGAGGCUAGUCUCCGUGUGGUGACUGGUGAGUGCUCUGCCUCAUCUCUGGCAAGCAGGAACCCACAUUUUGAUGAUCACCCAGAACAUGUGUCCAAGCCCAGUGGCUUCCCAUUUUGCUCCUUUUACUGGGAUUGGUCAUGCCCUAGGCCAUGUUGGAGACUCUUGAGCAGGGGUUCUCAAACUGUGGUUCGAGCCCCCUUUGGGGGUUGAAUGACCCUUUCACAGGAGUCACAUAUCAGAUAUUUACAUUACGUUACGAUUCAUAACAGUAGAAAAAUUACAGUUAUGAAGUAGCAACGAAAAUAACUUUAUGGUUGGGGUCACGCCAACACAAGGGACUGUGUUAAAGGGUCACAGCAUAGGAGGCUGAGUACCACGGCUCUUGAGGCUUCCUAGUUCAAAUCAGCUAGAAUGAAAGUGAGGACUGUAAUUGUCCCACAUCCAGAAGAGCAGAAAGGGAAGUGGGCGAGGGAGAGUCCCCAGUUCUCUCUGCCUGUCCUCAACUGAAAUCUUCUGGUCCCAAGAUGGGGGCUCAAAAGGACCUGCUGGGAAGAAGGUGUGGAGACCAAUGGCUACCCCAGCUCUGAUCUCUUUCCUCUCCCCCUCCCCCCUCGUUCCUUCUUUUCUCUGCUUCUUAGCCGCCCCGACUCCCAUUCCAGCCCUUAGGCUGAGCCUGGAGCCCAGGGACACGGCAAGCCCCACAGGUGGUGGUGAGGGAAGAGCAGGGAGUUGAGAAGACACCAGGGAAAUCAUGCUCUUGUACAGUUGGGCAGCCCAGGUCCUCAGACACCUGCUUCCUUAAGUUUCAGGGAGCCACAGGUGCGCUUGCAUGGGCCUGCUUCCCAGGUGUCUAUAGGGCGGGGUGUGUGAGUGUGACUUGUGUGUGUGAGUGGGUGGGUGUUUGUGAAAGAAAGCGGGGGUGGUGUGUGUGUGUGUGUGUGUGUGUGUGUGUGUGUGUACAUCAGCAUCUGCUAAGAAUGAAGCAGAAUCAUGAGGAAAAAAGAGGCUGAAGGUAGGGUUCGAGUCACAGGAGUAGGGAGGUCUCCCAGGCUCCUCAUUGGGUUCGCAGAGUAGGCUCCACACAGGGCUCCCAAACACUGUGUAGACGAAGACUGUGGCUUUGUGGGUACCACAGAUCUAAUGCAGCUCCUUCUUAAUGGCCUGCUGGGGGGUCUUGCCUCAAGAGCAGCCCCUUCUAGGGCCUUGAGGACCAGUAUGAAGAUGCAAGAUAUAAAUAUGUAUACAUAUAUAAAUAUAUUUUUAAUUACAUGUUGUGUCCCGGUGGCUCCAGACUUACCGUUUGCCUAGUUGCUUGAAAGCACUUCCCGGCCCAUCCUGAUAUGACACUUCCAGCCGUUUGUUUGCUGUUUGUUUUAAAUUCAGAUCCCUGCUACUUUUUCAGACACGGAAAGAAAGCUUUUUUUUUUUUAUUUUUUAAAGAAACAACAGUAAAGCCUAAAAUCUCCAAGUCUGAGUAGCUUCCUGUGGGAGACGACUCAGGCAGGAAGUGGGGAAAUGCAGGCACCCACAGACCCCUGACCUCUCCCCAGGCCAGAGCCCCUCUGCCACCAGAGGGACAGCUUAUCAAAGCCCACCUCUGAAUGAACCAACAGGAGGCAAAGCUAGAUAUCUGGCUGUCGCCUCUCUUGGGCUUAUGCUGUCCUAUCUGGCCAUGAUGAUCUGCUAUUGAGCCUUUUCAGGCUCCCCCGCCUGUCAGGAUGAGUUGGUCCUUGUUUUCCUCUCAAGUGUCCUGCUUGUCACUGUCCUCUUCAUGAACUGGCCAUAUUGCCUAAGCUCUGGGACCACACAGCUCCUGCAGGGCUCCCAACCUCCCCCUGGACAAGGCCAGGAGCCUCACCAUCAAGCAUGGGGAGCAUGUGCUCCCCAAACCACCUUCAUCCAUGCAUUCUUCCUUAUCCAGUCUGUAACCCUUCAAAGUUUGGGAAUCAUCCUGUCCAUCUGUGUAAAUGUAAAUGUUGACCCAGUUGGUAUUUAUUCUAAUUUUUAUUGUAUUUUAUUUUAUUUUGUCUGACGGGUGGGGGGUGGGAAGUAUACCACUGUUUGCACCCAGGGCAGCUGCAGGGACAGAGCCCACAGCCCAGGAGCCAAGAAAAGCAGCUCCUUAGGGGCCACUCUAGACGGCAGCCUCUGGAUAGCCACGUCCUAGGCUGUUAUCUGGCAUCAGAAGCCAGCCAGUGAGUGUCCCUUGUCCCAGACACUCAGGCCUGCCCAUGGCGUGAUGUCCCUCAGUGGCCUGGCACUGUGUUAGGAAACCUGACUGAGGAGGUGGGAGGGAGAGUGUAGAACUCUCCCCUGCUCUGGACACUUGCACCAGAACAUCUGGGGCCUCACCUGAACCAGCUGGGGGCCUGACAACAGGAGCUACCUCCCUGGAGCAGGGUCUGGAACUCCCGCCAAAGCUAUGGGCCAAUCCUGCUCGCACCAUCCCUACCCUCCAUCUGUAUGUCCUGCUUCCCAGCUGAACCCAAACUACAAGUGGGUUAAAAAAAAAUUAAUAAAUGAUACCAAAAACCAAAA